CCGUGCCGUGCCGUGCCCGGAGCCCCCCCGGAUUUAUUUAUCUCUGCCCCCUGGCCGUGCACACGAUGAAGCGACCUUGCGAGGAAACUACCUCAGACAGCGAUAUGGACGAGACUAUAGACGUGGGGAGCGAGAACAACUACUCGGGGCAAAGUAAUAGUUCUGUCAUUCGAUCAAAUUCCCCAACAACAACAUCUCAGAUCAUGGCCAGAAAGAAAAGAAGAGGGAUUAUAGAGAAAAGGCGCCGUGAUCGUAUAAAUAACAGUUUAUCAGAGCUGAGGCGGCUUGUGCCAACUGCUUUUGAAAAACAAGGAUCUGCCAAAUUAGAAAAGGCGGAAAUACUGCAAAUGACAGUGGAUCAUCUGAAGAUGCUGCAGGCAACAGGAGGGAAAGGUUAUUUUGACGCUCAUUCCCUGGCCAUGGAUUUCAUGAGCAUCGGCUUCCGGGAGUGCUUGACAGAAGUCGCGAGGUACCUGACUUCGGUGGAAGGUCUCGACACAUCCGACCCUCUGCGCGUCAGACUCGUGUCUCACCUGAGCACCUGUGCCUCUCAGCGGGAAGCUGCUGCCAUGACCUCCUCCAUGGCCCACCACCACCACCCCUUGCACCCUCACCACUGGGCAGCCGCCUUCCACCACCUGCCGGCCGCUCUGCUGCAGCCCAAUGGACUCCACGCCUCCGACGCCGCCCCGUGCAGACUCUCCUCGGACGUGCCCCCGCACGGCUCCGCCCUGCUCACCGCCACCUUCGCCCACGCCGAUGCCGCCCUCCGAGUCCCCUCCGCCGGCACCAUCGCUCCCUGUGUCCCUCCCCUGUCCACCUCCCUGCUGUCCCUGUCGGCCACCGUUCACGCCGCGGCGGCAGCAGCCACCGCUGCAGCCCAGAGCUUCCCCCUGUCCUUCACGGGCACCUUCCCCAUGCUCCCCCCUAGCGCGGCCGCCGCCGCCGUGGCUGCGGCCACCGCCAUCACCCCUCCGCUGGCCGUGUCAGCCGCUGCCAGCCCGCAGCAGGCCGGCACCGGGGGCGGCACGAAACCCUACCGGCCCUGGGGGACUGAAGUUGGAGCCUUUUAAGCCUCCCCCCACAUACCACACCUCGUCCCACUCCAGCCCCCUCCUGUCCCU